AUGCAGCGAUCCCAGCCGCGGGGCUAUUCUCUGCACCAAAGGCCCACCGCCUCCCCCACACUACUCACUGCGAUUGUACUUGCGACUAUCAUCUCCAAGUUUGCCCAGGUUGUCAAAGCCAACCCAAACUAUUCCCCGCUAGGUUAUCAGUUACUCGAUACAUACGAGGGCACGUCGAUCUUUGAUCAGUUUUACUACUUCUCGGAUGAGGAUCCAACGAAGGGUUUCGUGAGAUAUGCUACCAAAGAGACCGCCCAAGAUCUCAAUCUCACCUCCACUACCGACACAACCGCCAUCUUGCGCGUGGACUCAUCAACACCCGCUACGGCUGGAGGUCGUCACUCGGUGCGGAUUGAGUCAAAAAACAGAUAUGACUCCGGCCUCUUUAUCUUCGAUAUCAUCCACACGCCGGUGGGCUGCGGCACAUGGCCGGCCCUCUGGUUAACAGACGGCCCUAAGUGGCCUAGCAACGGCGAAAUCGACAUCCUCGAGUCCCAUAAUCACGGCUCGCAUGGUAAUGAGAUGUCUCUGCAUACCACCGCCGGCUGCAGCAUGGAUGUCGCGCGCAUGCACAGUGGGACGACCCUCUCGGAUACGUGCGAUAUCAGCUCUACCGCAAAUGCAGGUUGUACUGUUGUGGGUGGCCCAGCUACCUAUGGAGAGGCCUUCAACAGCAAUGGUGGCGGAAUAUAUACGCUGGAACUUCGCGAUGCAGGAAUCCGAAUAUGGUUUUUCCCACGCUCCUUGGCUCCAUCGGACCUAAACAACGCAUCGCCCGACCCUUCAACCUGGGGCACCCCGCUGGCGGACUUCCCCAGUACAAACUGCGACAUCGCGUCACACUUUCGCAACUUGAGCAUCAUCGCUAACAUAGAUCUCUGUGGUGAACUGGGCGCGCUGCCACGGCACUAUACCGAAAUGUAUAACUGCCCGGGUUCCUGUCCUGAUUUUGUGGCCAAUAACCCGUCGAGUUUUGAGGAGGCCUAUUGGGAAUUUGGGAGUAUCAAGGUUUACAAGGCCUUGUAA